UAAAAUUCUGAUGAGCUACCAAAAAAAGACUCCCCCUCUCAUAAAUGAAGAUACUUCUACCGGUUGUUUGGUUCGAGUCGAAGAAACCAAACUUCUAGGACGUUCACAAGAAGUCAAAUCAAAGUGCCUCUUAACUGAAUUUGAUGUGUCCAUUUUCAGCGGCAUUUGCAAAAGCAUAAAAAGCAAGAGUUAUAAAUAUGAAAGAGAGUUGGAUACACAUACAUGGAAACCACUGGCAGAUUCUUCAUGUAAAUCGACAAAGCUAAAACGCAAGCUUUCAGAUGAAAAAGAUAUCUGCAAUGAAGAACAGGACAGUUGCAAAGAUAUCAUUGUUCCGAAGAAGUUAGACAUAAGAAAUAAAUGGAUUAAGUUUACAAAAUAUGAAACGCCUUGGUCGGGUUUAGAAUGCUCAUAUUCUAACGAACUCCCCAUCACCAGAAAAAGAUGUUGUUUACUGGAGUCUAUGUUUGGAACAGAAGUAUCUAUUUUAGGGCAGCAAGAUCAUAUGAUGUGGAACGUACGCAGCUUGGACGACCACGAACCUGUAAAGGUUUCAUAUGGCGGUGGAAAGCAUACCACUGUAAUGUGGAAGAUCUAUGACCGAUAUGUAUUUGCUUUUAAAACGCCAGGAUCGAAAUUAUAUUACGUAAGCGCUUAUCACGCAGGUCCUGGCGAACUAUUUAUAAGAACGAAUGAAACGCAUCCGCUUUCUGUUAGUCAUAAUAAUAUGGCAACCGAUCUUAGAUUUUUCCGGUAUGAAUAUGAUCGUAAAAUAAACGGAUACGUAUUGAAGCCAGAGUUCAACACAGAUCUGUUCGUUAUUGCAAAACAAAGAAUCGUGACGUUAGCACAAGUAUCGAACACGGAAGACCCAAGAUGGAUACUGCAGCUUUAAAAACAAAACUAUAUAUAUGCAAAUGGCCAGUUUUUUAUUUUAAUUGUAUAAUUGAAGUCAUGGAAAAAAUCACGCAAUGGGAUCAUGAAGUACCUACUUGCUCAAAUGAAAACUCAAAUGACUUUAUAAACGAUGAGUUUGACGAGCAUUAUUGAAACUGUAUUACUGAAAGCAUGCGGACUAUGUAUUGUAGUCGAAUCCGCCAUAAAACACACCAUGCAUUCUUUAAAUCAGGGUUGUGCAACCUUUAAUACAAGAAGGCCAGAUUCAAGUAACUGGGUGAAACCGCGGACCGCACCUUUUAACAUAGGCUUUCUAGUAGUUGCA